AUGUGGUGGGGUCGCUCUGCCUUGCGUGCUGUGCGCGCACCAUGGUCUCACAAUCCGCGUAGACUGCUACUGAAGGGUGUGCGGUGGAACUCUGUAGAUGCACACACGAAUGAAGGUGCCCUUAAAAAGAUCCUGGUGGAUUCGAUCAAGACUCGUGGACCUCUUACGAUUCCUGCGUACAUGCAAGCAUGUCUUACGAACCCUGAUUAUGGCUACUAUGCAAGUAAAAGCAAUGCGGAUACGACGGGGAUCCUGGGUGCAGGUGGUGACUUUAUUACCAGCCCUGAAAUUAGCCAGGUGUUUGGUGAGCUGAUGGCCAUUUUUUUCAUCUCUCGUUGGCAAUCGGCUGGCCAACCGUCGCGCGUGCGCCUCGUAGAGCUGGGUCCCGGACGUGGUACGCUGCUCAGUGAUAUGCUUCGUACGUUUGCUGCCUUCCCAGAUAUGUUGGCGGCGCUGCGUUCCAUUGAGUUGGUCGAGGCCUCGCCCUUGUUCAUUGAGCGCCAGGAAGCGAUGCUGAACGAGACCUUGGGCAAGUUCGGCCGUUCGCUGGCCAAUGCGGAUACGCCUAUCGACGCGCUGGCGGAGCAUGAGAUUCGUGUGGAAUGGUUUGCUUCCUACGACCAAGUGCCGGUACAGCCGGAUGCAUGGACGAUCGUCAUGGCACAUGAAUUCUUCGAUGCGUUGCCCAUUCACAUCUUCGAGAAGCAGCUGGAUGGAUGGCGCGAGGUUAUGGUCGAUAUUGACGAGGCGAAGAGGCCUGUGACCGUCAUCAAAGCCUCUGACCUGGGCAAAUCGGACCAGGACAAGGAGCCAGAGCUCCGCUUUGUUUUGUCGCCGGGUGCUACGCCGUGGUCGCAGCUCUUGGCGGCCAACUCGGAACGUUUCAAGGCGCUCCAGCCGGGUCAGCGCGUUGAAGUGAGCCCCAUUAGCUGGGCAGCGGCUCGUCGCUUUGGCGAAUUGGUGUCCGGUUACCCUGCUUUGCGUCCCACGACCAAUGGAGAGACGGAGGCGCCCAGUGCCGACGUGGCGGCGCAACGGACCAAGCCAUCCAUGGGCGGAUGUGGCUUGAUGAUCGAUUAUGGUGCGAACCAUUUCUUCAGCCACAGUUUCCGUGCCUUCCGUGCCCACAAGAUUGUGGACCCUCUCUCGCUGCCGGGCCAAUCGGACUUGACGGCGAAUGUGGACUUUAGUUUCCUGGCCCAGGCUGUGGGGACGACCGACUCCCUGAGUUAUGGCCCAAUGCCUCAGCGCGAGUUCUUGACGGCGUUGGGUCUAUCGCUUCGUGUCAAGAAACUGCUCGAGUCAAACCCGCCUGCGCGUGCGAAGGUCAUUGAGCAGGCGGCCGCUCGUCUGAUUGACGCCCACGGUAUGGGCAAGCAGUACCAAGUCCUUGGCGUAUCCGCGCCGGCGCAAGCCUCUGCGGGUGCGAACGAGCCAGAGGAGGUCUACCCUUUUAUGUAA